AUGGCGGAGGGGGCGUCAGAUGCCGAAGGCGAUCCAAAGAUCCGGCGAAAGGAUAGCGCUGGAUAUUACUAUCGCUACAAGAAAAUGGCAGAUUUCUGCUACUACGCAAAUACAUUCUUCCUAGCGAUGCUCCUCUUCUUUCCGAGGAACGAAAAGCUUUUCAUGGUUUGCUUCUCAUUUGCAGAGGGGCCUCUCGCUUGGGCAUUAAUUGUUUGGCGGUGUAGUCUGGUGUUCAGUUCUCUCGACAAAAUCGUCAGCGUAGUAAUACAUUUUUUACCUGGGAUAGUUUUUUUCACUAUUCGAUGGUGGAACCCGCAAACUUUUUCUGCCAUGCGUCUGGACGGAGUAGCGGCUCGAGCAUCAUGGCCCUACGUCGAAGACAAGUCAUACAUUUGGACAUGGCUAUUUUUGGUUCCUUUAGUGGCCUAUGCAUUAUGGCAACUCCUCUAUUUCCUCGUAGUCGAUGUUCUAAGACGGCAGAGGCUAUUGCAGGAUCCUGAGAUCAUGACUUCUUACAGGGAGCUCUCGAAGAAGGCGAAGAGGGCGAACAACAUCUGGUGGCUGCUAAGCGGCAUGCUCGGAGAUCAGAACCGUCGGAUCAUGUACAUAUUGAUCCAAGCCGUGUUCACCGUCGCGACGAUGGCCCUUACGGUCCCCAUAUUCCUUUCUUACAGGAUGCAUGUGGUGUUUCAAAUCUUCAAGAUCUCUGCAACCAUAUGGUACGGCGCGAGUUUUCUUUUAGAUGCCACGCCACGGCAAGUCGUCAGUAAAGAGAAGAAAAAUAAAGAGACGAUCGAAGCCGACUUUCGAUCAGAUGCGGGAACCUGCAGUUGGUCUUUCUACUAAUCAUUACAACAAAUAUGAUGAUGAGCAAAAUAAUUCAUAAAACCAUCGUAGGAACGAUGGAAAUUCAGGUUGUUUGGGCGCAACGAAUAUACAUCGCCUUUUACGUUUUCUUCUUGUAUCCUUAUGCCGCGCGACAACGUUUUGGUGCUUUUACAUAGAUACUCUAAUUAAAGAUUAUCAGUUUACAGAUAUGUCUAUCCAUUCCAUCCUAUCAAGUUAAUUCUUAUUUAGGAAGGAUUGCAGGACUUUCUGUAUCUUAACUUAAGAUUUUAAAA